GCGUGGCUGGCUAUCAGCCCCGCCCCAAACGUUCAGGCUCGUAGGGGAGGGUCACGAUAGCCGCCUGAGACCCCAAGUUCUGGGCGUCGCAUGGGGCUGUUGGGGCGGUUCGGGACGUGCGAAGAUUUGAGGGAGCUUGAAGGAUUUUGGGGAGCCCUGACCUAGACACAGCUCGAUGGCCCUGGGUGAAGAGAAGGCAGAGCUGGAAGCCCACGUGGACACAAAGGCCCAGUCCUGCAGGAGGUGGCACCUUGAGGAGCAAGACGGGGUGGUCCAGGGCCCUGAGCCAGUGCAGCCGCCUUGCCAGGAAGCUGAAGGCAGGCCUGCCUCGCCUGUGUGCAGAACAGAGGGGCUGCCUGCCCCUGCCUGCUGGGCUGGGGCUGACCCUAGCGGUGCCUCUGGAAUUUACCUGCCACAGGCCAGUGUGGCCAGCAGAGCUGCGGUAGCUGAUGGGUCUAGGCCUGCUCUUGGUGGCCUGCUUUCUCCUGCCAUCACAGGGACUGGAGACCUUUUGCACUCUGCUGGAAGCCAGAUAAAGGAGUUGAAGCUUUCUGCCUCCCAGGAGCUACCUCAAACCAUUAACAUGCCCAGAACUACAGUCCUCUGCUCCGGACACGACGCUGAUACUGAAGGUGACUCGCCCCGGGUGCUGGGCCUCAACAAGCAGCCUCAUGUCCCAGGUGUCCCUUUCCUGUCCCAGUGGAAGUCCACAUUAAGCCCAGACGCCACCGCUCUGCAGCUGUCCAGCAGCAGCGUCUCUGCCUCUUCUGCGGGCAGCAGUCUCCAGGCUUACCACGAGAAGGUGGAGCCUCAGAGUGGCUCCCUUGCCAAGGUCGCCUCCUCCCUGGAGCUGGCCGUCCCCCAGCAGCCGCCCACUGCAGGAGUGGCAGGGGCUCGGCUCCAGUGGUCGUCACAACCUUCAGCCUGUAACGGUGACUCUGCUGGCCUGGGCAGGAGGCGCCUCUCCUUCCAGACUGAGUAUUGGGCCUGUGUGCUGCCAGAUUCCCUGCCUCCUUCUCCCGACCGCCACUCCCCGCUCUGGAACCCAAAUAAAGAGUACGAAGACUUGCUUGACUAUACUUACCCCCUGAGGCCAGGGCCUCGGAUCCCAAAGCAACUGGACAGCCACAUGGCAGCUGAUCCCGUCCUGCAGGACUCGGGCAUAGAGCUGGAUAGCUUUUCUGUCUCCCCUGCAAGCACUCUCAAGUCACCCAUUAAUGUCUCCCCCAAUUGCCCAGUAACAGAGGUCCCCGCCUUACCAUUUUCUGGGCCCAGAAAACCAAGCCUUAAGCAGUGGGCCUCUGGAGUACCCCAGAAGCAGGGCAUACCUUGGAGCCAGCUUGCAUCAACACCUAAGGCCCCAGGCCAUGGGAAUGCUCCUUGGGAGGGCAGAGAGACCUCCCUGAGGGGCACAAAGGAUUGGCUGCCUGUGGGCAAGCAGCGCAAGCUGGGCUUUCCCCAAGUGAGGACAAGAGACAGAGAGUGGCCCUCGCCCAGGGCAGAGAGGGAGAAGAGGGCCAGCCAGAGUGUCCCACGUCCUGCCCACAUGGAGUCUGGUUGGAAAUCAGAAGAGGAAGUGGAAAGCGAUGAGGAGUAUCUUGCCCUGCCCACUCGGCUGACACAGGUUUCUACUUUGGUUUCAUAUCUAGGCACCGUGCCUGCAUUGGUGACUCUGCCCACUGGGGCUGCUGGGGGACACAGCUCUUUAGAAAUGUUGGACAGUAAUGGACCAACUUCCCUUCUGUCAGAUUCCAGCCAAAGCCAGCCUCCUUCCGAGUCUGCUCCCCACAGGUCUGGAGCCCCUGAAGGCCAGAACCUGCCCAGCUGCCUGUGUGCCCGGAACUCUGCAGAAAACAGUCUGAUGAGCAGCCAGGCUCUGAGGGUCUCCUCGGGACUGCGAAAGUCAUGCCCCUCCGUGCCAACUGGAUUAGACAGAUGGCCCUUCUCAGACCCAGAUGCUAAAGAGCCUUCUUCCAGGAAAGCCGAAGAACAAAGGAAAGACUCCUUGGUCCAGUGUGUGCAGACCUUUUGCUGUCAGCUGGAAGAGCUGAUCCACUGGCUGUAUAGUGUCACAGAUGUCACUGACCUUGGGACUCCGCCCCGGUCCAGUCUCACUGGUCUCAAGUCUUCUCUGCAACUUUACCGGCAAUUAAAGAGAGAUGUCCACGAGCACCAGUCCUUGACAGAGAGUGUCCUAGAGAAAGGAGAGACUCUUCUUCAGUGCCUGCUGGACAAUACCCCAGUGUUGAAGGAUGUUCUCGGGAGGAUUGCAAAGCAGUCUGAUGAACUAGACAGCCAUGCAGACCGGCUUUAUGACGCCAUCCUAGCCUCUCUGGACAUGCUGGCCGGCUGUAGCCUCGUCCCUGACAAUAAGCCAGUGGCAACCACAGAGCCCCCAAGUGCAGGGGUUUAACCAGACAUGUUCUUUAGCAAAGCUGCAGUCGCUGGCCAGAAGUUGUUCUUAGGAAGAAAAUGUUCAAGAAAUCCUGGCAUUAAGGAGAAAACUUUAAUGUGCUAGCUUUAAAAUGUCUUUCUCUUGUAGAAGUAAGGGCUGUUGCGUUACUGUUUCUAUUUACAAUGAAUGCUUUUUUAAGGUUUCCCUUUUGGUGCUUCUCUAUGAAAAGCAUGUGUCUGCAAGUUUUGAUGAAAUAGUAAGAUUUACAGGUCUUGACUUCUCUCUAUUCAGUUAAAAAAAAUUGCAGUUAAACCUCCUAACUCGUCCACCUGUUGAGGUCACUGACAAAAGACUGGAGAAAGAAGAUCCCAAGUACAGUAUCUGACAUUCUCAGACACAAAAAGGGCCAUGAGGCUGAAAAGAGCAAUUGGUUGGCCAGAAACCUUGGGUCUUUUUCAAGAAGUUAGGCUUAGGUUUUACAUUUCCUCUUUAAAAAAUUUUUUUUAGAAGAGGUUAGCCAGAGGUCUGCAGAAGAAAACCAGUAAGGGAGUAGAACUUCUACAAACUACUUUGGGCACAAGUGGCACCUCUGCUGUCUUUGUGGCUGAGGUCUUCAUCUUCCUGCCUAGCUGGUCCCUUAAAAGAAAAUGUGCCAGGGAGAUGGACAACUGCUGUGGUGCUUCAGCUUGGUUAUGAAGCUGCUUAAUCAGUCGAGCUUAAGGGUGAUUCUGGGAGAACUCCUCCAUCCCUUCUACUCUCCCUUGGAUAACUACUACUAUAGAUAGCCAGGGAAGGGAAUCGAUAGGGUCUCGUAGCAUGUCACUACAGGAACUAAAGCUGUUAAGAGUGAAGAAAUUCUUGGUCGUUAGGGAGCAGCCAUGUUAAGUACCCUGUCAGGAAAGUGGAUCCAUCAUUUAAAGCAUCAAUUCUCAAGUUCUUUUGAAGCAAAGCAAUCAUUUAUUGCUACUAACUACAGAUCCCCCCCCCCUUGCCAAAGUUCUACUUGGAGCUGGGGGCGGUGGCACCUGCCUGUAAUCCUAGCACUUGGGAAGCUGAGGCAGGAGGGUAGUUACCAGAUUGAGACCACCAGCCUGGGCUACAAAAGUGAACUCAGGGCCAGCCUGAACUGCACAGCAAGACUGUAUUAAAAAAACAAAAAGUUCUAUUGGGGUUUUGAAUAAAUGACAAAAGAAGGCACAGUAACAGCAUCUGAAGUUCUAUUAAAUGUGAUUUUUCUGCUUAAAAAUUUCCUAGGACAGAUACUGAAAAUAGCUAUUGAAUUUCUAAUGUUUAAUGAUUGGCUAUUCAGUAGUAGCUACACGGAAAACAGUGUUUCAAGUGUCUGCUGCUACUAUAGUAGCAUAAUGUGGAUUUAAAGGCACGUGAGAAUUAAACUUUUAUGAUUCUGCUAUCUCAUUAAUCUUGAUUCUAUAAACACUAAGAUUUUUAAAAGACAAACAUCUCAAAUACUGGCAAAUACUUAUCAAUUGUGUGUGUGUGUGCAUACGUAUAUACACAACUUGUAUUUCUUGGAGCCUAAAAGUGAUGUUUCCCCUCUGAUGUAGCUAUAACUGGAACAUGCCUUUUCACUGUGUGUUAGAGCAGUCCUUAGGAAUUUAAAUCCAUUUGACAAGCAUGAAAAUGGCAUUUUUGAAGAUGAUAAACUUACAGAAACGAACUGGUUAAUACACCAACUUAGUACAGAAUGUGGUACUAUUCCCGCUCACUGUCGUAAUCAGCUUCAAAUGACAGGAAUUCUGAAUUUUGGAAUAUUCUAAAGAGUGCUCUCUGAACAUAGAUGCCACAGGAAUAUUAACGUGACUGAAACAUCUUCAGCUACAGAGUUUGAAACCUUUCUUAAAACUCAAGCUGAAGACUGGGAAUAUAGCUCCAAAGCACAAAUGCUGCCUGGCCAAGCAUGAGAUCAUGAGUUCGAUCCCAGUUACCAAAAACUUAAGCUGAAAUUGCUUCAGCGUAGGAAGAUGUUGCUAAUUAGCAUUUCCAUCAACAAACACUGCCAGGUUAGACUGAGUAGCCAGGCAGGUUGGCACACUGUGUUGCUAUACAGUAAAAUUUCUCAGUAAUCAUUAAAAUUAAUGGAACCUAUGUCUGUGGGGAAGUGGCAGAACUAAAGGCUAGCAAGUUCAAGACUGAAUUCUUGUUAUAAAUACCUGGCUAAGCUCCAGCAAAUACGAGGCAAUUUCUGAAACAACGUGGGAACACAAAGAAGGGCUGAUGUAAGAUAUGGUAGGAAGCCAUUAUAUAUGCUAAAAAGAAAUUUCUAUCCAAGGUUAGAGAACAAAAAGCUAGUGCUCAGACCAUUACAGCUGUCCUUUUGUAAAGGAUUUCUUUCACCAAGGUUGUUCCUGCUUUGACAGUGAUUUUGUAAGCUAAAGUAUGACACCACUUGUAUUUAAAAUAUGACAAGUAAUCAUUCCCUUUAUUAUGUGAUGUGAACUGGUUAAAGGCCAAGGCAGCCUUCAAAUGUUUAUACUUGAAAAUGGGGUUAGAAGUAGGAAUAUUUUUUUCAAAAAUGGAUUUAUUGGAAUAUAUAUAAAAAGCCAACAGUGAAGCAUGCUGAAAUGUGUUAAGUUCUAAUUUUGACUGCCAUCAGGAAAAGAACAUUUUAAGAUUUUCCAAACUAAGUAUGUAAAUAUGCUCACAUAUCAAAACAACUCAUGUAGUAUUUCCUGGUAACUCGCCAAGAAUAUCCUGACAGUUGAACAAUUUUUGCUAUAUAAGACUAGAAAUACAGCAUCACGUUGUCUCAUAUUUGUUUUGUAUCAUUUAGUUACUUUAGAAAAGUUUGUGAAUACUUUGCCCCCUUUAUAUACUGUAUGGAUAAGAGAAAAAAACUUUUUAAAGCAUUAAAAAAAAAAAACCCAGAUAGCUAUUGGUAACUUCAGAAUUUGUCAGUUGCCUUACAUAAGGAUGAAUAGACCCAACAAGCACAUCUAUAAUACAAAGUAAACUAUGAUUUUAUUGUGAAAUUCUCAUAGAUGGAAAAUUAUUUAUUCUGUUCAUUUCGUUUUACAAUAAUCUUUCCACUUAUUUUUGUACCAUGUAUUUCAAUUGCCUCGUUAGUGAAAAAUAAAGAAACCUAUACUUUU